AUGAAGACUGAAGAUAUAGGCACGAUACCUUUACCCAUAACGCCCGUACCGGGUGAUUACCAGACGAGUCCAAAUGAGCAGCUGCAGCCUCACCGGCUACCACCACAGCCUCAGCAGAACGUGAAUGCCGCUGCGAAUCCUCACCAACCCCAUCCCUAUCCCCUUGCCCUGUCGCAGUCCCACGCACAACCCCGUCCCCAACCCCAAUCUCAACCACAUCCCCUGGCACACGUAAACCCGAGCCAUAACCAGCAGAAAUACCACAAGAUUCAGCCUGCGGCAAUCAAGCCGAAGCCUGUUCCAAUUGCGAUGUUGCCCAAACCAGUGCACAAAUCGUACUUUGACCCUACUCCUAACUUGAAGUCAAGUAUCCAGCUCAAUGUAAAUACAUCCAAGAAAUGGGUGCUCCCCCCGAGACCAAGACCAGGAAGAAAGCCUACUUCGGGUCAUGGAGAUGAUAUAAACGGACAGGUGCUGACCCCAACUCUCAGCCAGACUCAAACUCAGACGCAGAGCCUGGUCCAGAGCCCAAACAGCGGACAAGCACCACCUAACGCAGUGGCUCUGGCGUCGUACAAUUCCAAGCUAUCGCCCAAGAAGAAGUCCAAGGUUACAAUGGAGGAUGAAAGCAUGAAGAUUAUAAGCCAGCUACAACAGCAAUUUCCAAACAUCAGCGCCAACACGUUGGCGUCUGUUGCAGCUGUCCCAGUUGCAGUUCCUCUGGCCGCUGGUGCAAUCAGCAGCCCUGAUGCAACCACAACUAUCCCCAUCCAGGCAACCAACCAAUCUGCAUCUACCACAGUGACAUCUCCUCCAAUAACAUCAAAUACUAUCAAGAAUCUUAAAAUUUAUUACGUUUCAAAGAUCAAAGAGCAGGAACUAGUGAAAAAUUACAUUGAGGUGAUCAACAAGCAGAUCAAGGAAUUAAAAUUUGUACAGAAUGGGGUAAUUACGUUUGAUGCUUUGAACAACGAUGAAAAGAGCCAAUCAAAUCCCCACCUGAACCAGCAGAAUCAGAAUCAGAAUCAGAACCAAGUCCAAGCACAGAACCAACAACCGCUGCAGUUGCAGCAGCAACUACAACAGCGUCAAAUUUCGUCGCCACAACUAUCUCUGGCUGGCGUAGGUAUGACCUCUGGUUUAGGUUUAUCAUCGCUUGGCCAAUCUGGCCCUUAUGAGCAGCUCGAGCGAAUAAACAAUAUUAACGAUUUAAAUAAGUUUUUAAGCUACUUAACGAAGUCGUCUAAUAUUAUUCACAGUGUUACAAAAAAGUAUAACAUUUCGGACGAGAACUUGGACAGUCAGAUCAAAGCAUUCUUAGACAAAAAGGCAAAGACCAAGCAACAGCAGAAGCUCCAACAGCAGCAACAGCAGCAGAGAGCAGAGCAGGCUCAAAAAUCUAAAGUGAGCUCUGUGGGAAGUGUAGGGCUUGGAAGAAAAAAUGGCUCGUCACCAUCAUCCAUGUUAUUGAAACUGUCUUUGGAGAUGAACACGCCCUUGAAAUCUAUCGAGGAAGAUUUCUCAGACGAUGGUAUCGAUGUGUUCAGCAUUCUUAAGGAGACACCUACGAUCCCCAGCGGAUUAGAGAUGGAGGAGUUGUUCACAAUAAACGAAUUGGAGGACUAUAUAUUAAUUGAUAAGGGGCUAAAUAGGGAAGAUGGGCAGGGACUGGUCCCAAUACAAGCAAAUCAAGGAAACGGACACAAAUUUCAAGAUUACUCGGCGCAGGAUCAGCCGGGGAAUAGGGACGUGACACCGGUAGCAGGUCAAGAACAAGUAGAACAGCACCAGCACCAGCACCAGCACCAGCAGCUGAAUCAGGGCAGCGACAGUAGUAAACAUCAACCCACAAAAAGAUCCAAAAAAGUUUCUAGCUGUGGGUUCUGUUCCAAUGGUACACCAUGCUUAUGUUUAGACGCUGACAUAGAAAUCAGGCUGUUAAAGUAG